GUGCUGUGCGUCUCAGACAUCAGUAGGUGAUCUAUAUGGCAAUCGUUUCCAAAUGUGAAAACUGGUGCUAUUGGAAGAGACUUGCUCAGUUUGUAAACGCUGGCUGUAAUUGAAUCUGCAGUCAAGCUUUUCAAUUGCACGGAAUAUGAGAAGGACUGAUGGGACUGUGUUGGCCAGCUGCAGCUCUGUGGUGGCGGGCUUUGGAUAACGCAUGUGCUUCCUAUCGCUCGGAGCUCCGGAGACGGGCGCACAAAGACGACCAUUCGGGGUCUACACGGGACUGUUUUUCCAUCUUUUUCCUCAGCUUCAUCACUUGUGCAGCGCAGCCCAAGGGAACUGUUUAUUUUCAACUUAUUGAGAUUUGAAGAAUCCGUUUCUAAGAGAAAGUGGAUACCAAAAAGACGCUGGGUUCGUGGAUAUGUCUGUGGAACGCUGGAUAGGGUUGUGAUGUGCGUUCACAACGCUUUCUUAAACAGAAAGAAACGUUUACUUCUGGACAUUUGACAGUAAAGUGGAAUAAUAAUCUCUGGAGAAUAAUGUGAUGGAACAUGUUUUAUAUUAAUUUUUCUAUAUAUAUUAUAGCAGAUUCUUAGUUGAGGGUAUUUUAUGUGGUAAGGAAGUUUUAUAUCGCUUGGUUGUGCUUUUUUAAAUGUGCAAAUAUUUUACUUAGUAAAAAAAUAAAACGAAAAUUUAAUUUUAUUAAGUACUUCUAAGAAAUACUGAAAAAAACAAGGAACUAAUAAUAAACUAGAGCACAAACCCUAUAGUUUAUGUGAAGCAUAUAGUCUUAAAAUGUCAUAGUGAUUUAGAAUAUCACAGACUUUCUCAGUAAUUCAAUAUUGAUUAUUAGUUAUUUUUGAUGGCGAUAUCACAUUUGAAUUUCAUCCCUGUUUUUCACGUCUUUUUGUUGAUGCUACUUGAGUUUGCCAAAGACAAAAAAUAAAGGAGACAGCAGACUCUGCAGUGGAGCCAGGCGAGCUGGCUGUCAUGUGGGAUUGAUCGUGGGAAGUAUGUUUGAGCUGGAACAGUUUGGGCCACAGAUUAAAAACAGAAAUUUUGGCCACACAGAGAAAAACUUUAACAAGCCAAAAGUGAGCAUGAACUCGCAUUACAAGAGCCCAAGUUUUCAUACUGGAGGCUCGCAAAAUACAGCGGAGCCUGGUAUGGGUCCACUUAAUGAAACUCCUGUGAUUGAGAUGAACAUUAACAUGAGUGGAGGAGAACAGUAUGGUGGAUUUCAACGGGGACAUUCAGAACUGCAUACAGGAAGUCUCCAACAGCAACAUGGAUUUUUUAACCCUCAACAGCCUCAUAAUCAUUUGCAUGGACAUCAGACACAUUCACAUCAACAGCAUCCACACUUUGGGGGAAAUUUCGGACCUGAACAGGGGUCCUCUUGUUUACACAGUGGAAGGGUGAUGGGUUACAACAGCAGUAUGGGACUCCAGCAAGGGUUUACAGAGGGUUUUGACUCGCUCUCUGAGGGACAGUCAGCAGAUGGCGGCUUCUCUCAGCAGCAGCAAAGGACGAGCUCUAUGUCAGAUUUUCAGCACCAUGGACCACCCAGUGGAAAUCACCCUGUCCCAGCCCCUUGUCUCCCCUUGGACCAGUCACCUAAUCGUGCCGCCUCCUUCCAUGGCCUGUCUUCCUCAUCGUCUUCAUCAGAAAGUCACAAUCUUGAGCCAAGGCGAAUGCCGCCGCCAGCUGCUGUCGAAGGACUGGACUAUAGCUUUCCUAACGAGCCCCCAUCUAGACAUUUUGACGUGCCUGUGUACUCUCCCUCUGAAUCUGAUUCUCAGCUUUCUCAUUUUGGGACAGGGCGCCAGGUACCAGCGUCCAAUUUUCCUGGAAACACAGGGUUGUCUCGUGCUCCUGGAAUGCAGGGCAUCUCUAAAGAGCACCCCCAUGCCCCUCCUCAACAGCAGCAGCCGUCAGGCCAGCACAGUGUGUUCUUUGAACGUUUUGGGGGUGGACGCAAAAUACCAGUGGGGAUAGAGCCUGGUGCCAGGCAUCCUCUCAUGCAGCAGCAGCAGCCAGGCUUGAUUGGACGGCAGAACACUUGCCCACCAUCUCUCCCACAUCCCCCACAUUCAGAGACAGCUUCUGCUAAUGUCGGCAUGCAGGAGGGUGGCGUCAUGAUGCCUGGCCAACAUAAUCAGUUUGAAUACCCUAUUCACAGACCAGAGAACAGACGGAUACAUAGUUAUGGUGACCCCAUCUUCAACAUGCAGCAGCAGCCUCCCCCUCCUCAGCAGUCCUCCAGCCAGAGGCUGCAACACUUUGAUUCUCCUUAUUUAAAUAUGGGUAAGAGGCCCAGGUUUGAUUUCCCCAAUGCCACUCAUGGCAGGGAGAACUGCGGCAGUUGGAACAGUGGUAUGGAGAAUAAUCUCUCUCCAGCAGCCUACCCUGGCCUGCCUGGAGAGUUCACCCCCCCUGUGACGGAUGGCUUCUCGACAGGCCCAUCGCUGCAGCUCACGGGGCCUGAGCAACAGUCAAUCCAGCAGCAGCAAAAUGCAGCAAUGAUGAUCAAGCAAAUGGCCUCUCGGAGCCAGCAGCAGAGGAUGAGACAACCUAGUCUACAGCAGCUGGGUCACCACAAUGAUGUUUCUCAAGGGCCCCUGGGACCAGGAGGCCCAGUGGGAGGCAUGCCUCAGUCAAGUUUUGAGAGAGAAAAUGGUGGGAGGAUGGUGAACUUUGAUGGACGGAGUCCACACAUGACUAUGGAGAGCGGGUGGUUUACUGGGCCACAUCCACCUGGGGAAAUGCUAGGUCAUCGCAUGGGUUCAAGUGGUGAGAUGGGAGAUCACGAACUCCAGCAAAAUGGUCCUGGAAUGAUGUUCAGAGCUGGUGUGAGUGGAAUGGGCAUGCAGGAGUCUAUGAGGGUCCCGGGAGAGGGCCACAUGCAGCCUUUACUUUCACCCAACAUCCACUCACAAUUCAACAAUGGCAUGGGAAGCCUCUCACAGAUGCAGUCACCCAGUGCAGGUGUUGGACUGCCCAACACGCCAUCAGAAAGACGCUCUAAUGACUUUCCAGGACCACCCAUGGGUGGCCCGUCCCCGUUUCCCUACGGAGGCUCUAAUCGACAGGGAGCCUCUCAUAAUAACUCUCAAGGGGUGAACACCUCACCGGGGAGCUUUACAUGCCAAUCAGACUUUUCCACUAGCCAGCGUUCCUCAGUCAGCAAACUUGGGGGACUGUCUUUAGGGAAUUUUAGCAAAACGAAUGGCAAGGACAAUGUUUUUGGACAGAGCUGCCUGGCAGCCCUCUCUACUGCCUGUCAGAACAUGAUUGCCAGCCUGGGGGCCCCUAACCUCAAUGUGACAUUCAACAAGAAGACUCAGGGAGAGGGGAAACGAAAGCUGAGUCAGACAGAACAAGACCUGAAUAACAGUGCGGUUAAUGGCACUGGGAAUACUGGGACAGAAUAUUUCCCAAGCCUUACUGCCCCCCAAAAUGGGCAAAUGCCUCCUGCUGGAAAUAGCAACACUAAGCCACCGAGUCAAAAUCAGACGGUGCAGGGGGAAGCCAGCGCCCUCUCCCCGAAUUUCAACAUGGACACUACCCCUUGCAGUGAGGGGAAGGCAGCAACAGGGAGUGGGAGAGGGAGAGGGAGGAGAAAAAGAGACAGUGGCCAUGUGAGCCCUGGGAUAUUUUUCCCCUCGGAAAACAGUAACCCUGUUGUAAGUCCCAGCCAGCAGGUGUCCUCAGCAGAGAGAAGCACAGGCACACCUCACGAGAAGCCCCACACCUCUCCAUCAUGGGGAAAAGGGGGCGACCUGCUGCUGGGGGAUCAAUCGGACCUCAUGUCAUCUCUUGACAGUGGCAUCCAGAGCGCAUCAAAGUCUGAGGUCUGUUCGCCCCGUAUGGAUUUUACAGAUGAUGCGGCGGUCACACAUUACAGCAAUGAAGAUGAAGUUUCAUCAAGCUCAGAUGCUCAAUCCUCUGUGAAGCCUGGCUGCAGCCCUUUGUUAGGCUCACCCAGUAUGCCCAGAGACAAUGGACUAAUAUGUGGGCAGAAAGGUCAAGGCCUCUCCAACCAAACUACCUCAACAUCGGAUGGCUUUGGUGGAGCAGGCCAUCCGGGUACCCCAGGCAUGGAGCAAGUCCGCACACCCUCCAGCACCUCUGGCCAAGAUGAAAUUCACCCGUUAGAAAUACUGCAGGCUCAGAUCCAGCUUCAACGCCAGCAGUUUAGCAUUUCAGAAGACCAGCCUUUAGCUGUGAAAAAUAACAAAAAAAGUGGCGAGAAUGGAGACGGAGAGCUUGCCAGCUGUGGUCCAGAUGCGGAGAAGGGCUCUGUGGGCACCAUUGAUCUUGACACACUCAUGGCGGAGCAACAUGCCACUUGGUAUGUGCCCAGUGACAAGUGUCUGCUCGAGGAUUCAGAGGAAGACAAGUCUGCGUGGGAGAAAAAUAAAGCCCAAGGAACCAUCAAAGAAGAGGCAGACCUCACUCAAAAUAAGAACGCAGGAGGAGCAGGUUCCUCGGGGACCACUGGAGGUAUGGGUUCUCAUCUCCAGUGCCUGUCAGUCCAUUGCACAGAUGAACUCGGGGAGUCAAAGGGACGCGGAGGGCCUGUUCCUUCAUGGCGUUCCCUGCACUCGGACAUCUCGAAUCGCUUCGGGACAUUCGUAGCUGCGUUGACUUGAAGAUAAAUAGCAGAACUUCCAUGAUGAGGAUACAGAAACAAGACUUCCCUUUUUACACGGAGUCAGGAUUAAUCAAUGUUUCUUUGUCAGGAAAAUCUGUGCCCCCUUUUUUUUGGUAGAAAACGAAAAUGAUCACAGCGAGUUUACUGUGGGGUGGUAUUUUUGGGAGACAUAAAACCAGAUAACGGUAUACCAGUACUGAUGCUGUUUUCUCCAGACCUCUGUAUAUUCUGAUGGCAGUUCUGUUCAUCUAAUUUUUUGUGCAUUCUUUCAUUUUCUUCUCCAUUUAUUGUUCCUUCUUAUCAGAAAACCUAGAUUCUGUUUCAGAUCUAGGAUCUUUUUCUGACCUCUCACCCUCAGGGCAAGUCAUUCUUUUGUUAUCGAGAGACAGAAGAGCGCUUUGAAAUUUGGUCCUCGUGGGCUGUACAGCUGCUGAAUUUUUUUGGAAAUGAGUAAAAGUGUCAAGGAAAUCCUUUUAAAAGAUGUUUCAUGGAAAUUCAGUGAUCCACAAUCAGCUUUACCACAACAUUUUUGUUUACUUUAAAGCAGGGGUGCCCAAACAUUGUCUUAUAAAGGGCCAAAAAUCAAACUUUAUUGAGGGCUGUGGGCUGACGUCGAAUAUACCAAACUGUAUUACAUCAAAUUUGCCAUGUGUAAUUUUCUAAUUUAUUUGCUAAUAUUUCAAAAUAACUAGAAAACGUUGCUUUAAAACAUAUUAAUUAAUCAACAUAGGCUCAUUCUGAAAAUGUAGCCCUAUAUACAUUUCUGGAGAUCACAAAUGUAGCUAGAGCUACGUAUGGCUGCAUUUCAUUUUUAAAAUGAAUACUACGGGGCGGUAUGAUGCUGUAACUUUUCACGCUUACCAGCUGACAGAUUACCUCUGUAUGGACGACUUUCCUGCUGUUACCAGUUUGUCCUGUUAGCUUGCCAUGUACAUUUGCAGACAUAAGACGCAGAGAGGAGUUGACCACGAUGAUGGGGUUCGAGUCCGGUGAAGAACGGUUCUAGAAAGCAGGAAACACAAAAACAAAAGCCAAAAAAUAAUUAAACAAGUAAAUAGCAGUGUGAGAAUGUGGUAAAAUCUGAAAACAUGGUAAAAAUCAGGCAAGGGCUUUUCUUUGUCUUGAUUGCUUUUGAAAAUUGUUGGUUGGGUUUAGAGAAGUGGGUGGGCGCUGGUCAAUCGGUGCUUUUGAAAACACUAUUGGUUGGGUUUAGGGAGGGAGGAGGGUGGGUCAGUUGAUCGGUUAGUCAGUCAGUCAGUCGACAGCGGCUUCUGGUGGGUUUACGCGAGAACAGCAGGCGUGAAUGGCAUUCGCGAGAGAAAUUUGAGAUCUCAAAAAGCGAACACAGCGGACUCUGGUAGAUUCACGAAAACAAAAACUGCAAAAAAACGUUGCUCCUGGGACAUAUUUGACACUCUCCAGAAAUCUAUAUAGAGGUAAGUUUUCAGAAUGAGCCUGGAUUGUAAUUAAUGAUGCAGUAUCGCUUUUAAAAUUUUCUAAUGAACCCGGUAGGCACAGGACGUCAACAUGACUUAUGAUGUUGUACGUCAACGUACCCCGUGGGGACGUUGGAUUUUGUUUGGAAAUGAAAAUCGCAUUGACAUCAGAACCCAAUGUCAGACCGAUGUCAAUGUCCAAUGUCCAACCUAAAAUUUACCUAAAAUCAACCAAAUAUCAAUAUCUAAUCAUGUUGUGUGGACGUUACCACUAUGACGUCUAUCAGACGUUGGGUUUUGUUUACUUUCCAGCACAACCUAAAAUCAAUCAAAUAUCAACGUAAUUUAACGUCAUUAUUGGACAUCAAAAUAACAUUGUCCUUAGAUGCUGGCUAGACAUUGAAUUUUGGUCACCUGACAUCAUGACCUAAAUCUAACCUUAUAUUAAUGUCUAAUGAUGUUGUGUGCCUGCUGGGAACUUAUUAUAGUGAAAACAUAAACAAUCUCAUUUAUAACACAAUGGAGAACAAUGCUGAAUACACUAGUCUUGCUCCUGUCUUUGGCUUGAUUUGCUAGUCGAUGCCAUUCUCCUCUAUCUGUCAAGUUGCAGUAUUUACAUUUUAAAUGUCUGAUUAAUUUACAACAUUUAAUUUUAGUUGGCUUUUUUUGUAGCUGCUCAAUUAAACAAAUAAACAAAUGGUUCUGUUAAAUUGGAAAUGAUGAUCUUUGUCAAAGGCAUUCGCCUCAAUCAACUCCCCAUCAUUCUCCCUCUCUUUUCAGAUAGGAUGGAGGGCUAAACCAAAGGUUACCAUGGUCCAACUUUGGCCCGCGGGCCCUACUUUGGGCAACCUCUUCUCUAAAGUGUCUUAUUUUCUCAGUACUGCUAAAAUAAGUUUGCAUUUGCAUUUCACUUUUCUUUUUCAAUAUCAGUAUUUCCAUUAUUCAGCUUAACACCCAGGAUGCUUCAGUACUGGUAUGCCACACUGUUAAAAGCAAAUGUUCUUUCGAUGUUAAAUGGAUAACAAGUAGAAACCAGAACAUUGGUAUUGCACAUGUAAUUUUUAGGCAAUCUUAUACUCUUUAGAAACAUGCUUCAAUUGACCUGAAAGGGUUAGAUGGAAGGUUAUAACAAUGACAAUGUGGAGAUCCUUUUUGUUUCUUUCUUUCUUUUCAAUUUUUAAAGUAAUAUGUAAAGUGCAGUUGUCUGUUUUCCUGCAUAUUGUAUAUAUAUGUAUGUGUUUUAUUGAGUAACUAAAUAACAAUAAAUAUGAUGUUAAUGGUGA